AUGAAGAUCACCGGCCUCGCGCUCUCCAAGGUCCCCCGGGGGCUGGAAGGACAGCCGGCCCUGCACUGGAAGCGUGACUUCUCCCUGGCCAAAGCGUCCCAGCUGCGCUCAGAGCAGUCCAUCAACCUGCAGGUGAUCAGCACCCGCUUUUGCCUGUCGCCUGAAGAAUGUGCUGGUACCCUCCACCUUCGAGGGGGACAGGGAGGGGACUUCGUGCUGCACUUCUUCUCGGAGGUGAGCACUGGGAUCAAGGAGCUAGAUGACCAGGUCCAGGCCAGCCUCCCUGACGAGCAAGUGUUCUCACAUGAAACUGAUGAGAACUUCGAGGCCCUCUUCAGGCAACUGGCAGGGGAGGACUUGGAGGUCAGCGUCAAAGAGCUGCAGAACGUCCUCAACAGGAUCAUCAGCAAACCCAAAGGCCUGCAGACCAAGGGCUUCAGCGCGGGGUCACCCUGCUGCAUGGGGAGCCUCAUGGACCGUGAUGGCAAAAGGAAGCUGGGCCUGGUGCAGUAUGUCCUGUGGAGCCGCAUCUGGAAUUACCUGUCCAUCUUCCAGAAGGUUGACGUGGACAUGUUGGGCAGCAUGAGCACCUAUGAGAUGCAGAUGGCUGUUGAGUCUGCAGGCUUUGACCUCAGCAAGAAGCUGUAUGAGCUCAUUAUCACUUGCUACUCCGGGAAUGACCUGCCCAUAGACUUUGACAACCUUGUGUACUGCCUGGUGCCACUGGAGACCAUGUUCCAUUUUUUCAAAACUCUGGACACAGAUCUGGAGGAAGUCGUGACCUUUGAAUUAAAAUGGUUAGAAAGAGUUACUAUGUUCAUAUUUAGAUGUAAAAUGGAUGAUUUAUGA